AUGGCGCCCAUGUCGGAGGACGAGCACAACGUGCAGCACAUUUUGUACGUCACGUCCGACGUCGCCCUCCAGGCCAAGCACCGCGCCGACGACGCCAUGGUCGCCGGCGACUACGACACGUCCAUCAAGGAGCUGACGACGUCCAUCGACGAGCUGGCCAUCGACGCCGAGGCCUUUUGCGCGCUGCGCCACGCGGCGGCCUUCCUGCGGAACACGCGCGCGUUCAACCUGCUGCGCCUGGGCCGCUACGACGAGGCGCGGGAGGACGCGAUGGCCUGCAUGGAGCUCGACAUCGAAGGAGGCGCGUGGCACCGCGUCAUCACGGCGGCCGAGGGCCGCGUCCCCAUCGAGGAGGUCAUCAAGGCCGAGGCCGAGGCCGAGGAGGAGCGCCUGGAGAAGGAGAAGGCGUCCAUCGUCGUCCCCGAGGCGCUGCCGCGGUCGUCGAAGCGCGGGUCGACGGCCGUCGAGCCCUUCUUCACGGAGCUGGGGCUCGCGGCGAAGGGAGCCGGCGAGGCCGAGUUCGCGCGGCGCGCCUACGGCCGCGCGCACCGCCACUACUCCGAGGCGCUCUGCGAGGCGAAGCUCGACGAGAUGAGCCACCCGGUGCGCCGCGCGCACGCGAUGCUCCGGUGCAACCGCGCGCUCUGCUCGCUGCUCAUGCGGCGCUUCGAGGCCGCGCGCGAGGACGCGCGCGAGGCCGUCAAGCUCGACGCGACGUGGGGCCGGGGCUGGGACCGCCUCAUCGCCGCGUGCGCGGGCCUCGGCGACGCCGAGAACCUCGCGGAGGCGAACGCGGCGCUCGCGGAGGCGACCGUGCGCCGCGCGGACAAGUUCGCCUGCCCGAAGGCGACGCGGCUCCAGCUCGCGCGCGCGCGGACCUGGCGGACGUCGCUGCCGGCGGCGGCCGCGCUGGGCAUCCUCGACGCGGAGGAGAAGGACGAGACGUGCCAGAUCUUGCUCCAGCGCGCCGUCGCGCUCAAGGGGAAGCUCACGGUGCACGUCGUCGGCUGCGACGACGCCAAGGAGGGGCUCGCGGACUACGCGAGCCUCUGCAGGUGGAUCCGGGAGCUCGUGCCCUACUGCGAGCACGCGGAGCUCGACGUGAAGCUCGUGGGCUUCCACGACAAGCGCUGGUUCCUGGGCCCCCGCGACGAGCUCGCGGCGUCGGACCCGCGCGUCGCGGCCAUGGUCGCGAACCUCGACGACUGCUGCGAGCGCGAGCAGCCCCACCUGAAGCUCGAGGUCGUCGACCUCUUCCGGAAGGGCCGCGUGAAGAUCCUGGACCCGCUCGAGGAGAAGAAGAAGCGGCGCGAGGAGGAGGACGAGCGCGUCAACGCCGAGGUCAUGGAGAAGAUCUACUUCAACGACCCGGACAAGAUCCGGUCCAUGCGCGAGGACGAGGAGCGGAAGAAGGUCGACAAGGUGAAGCUCGAGAAGCUCAUGCGCGAGCGGGACCGGCGGCCCACGAAGCCCCUCAUGUGGCACGACGCGUACCGCGCCGAGGACCCGGAGGAGGAGGCGAAGCGGCCGGAGGUCGUGCUGCUCGCGAACCCCGGCGUCGACUUCAACUUCGACCGCUGGUACCCGACGGUCGCGGCGCUCAUCAUGCAGGGCGCGCUCAUCGUCGUCACGGGCCACACGGCCGUCGAGGGCUGGUCCGACGAGGCCGUGGGCGCGCAGGACAUCUUCGAGCGCCUCGGCGCGCGCGUCGUCGUGCCGCGGACGCGGUGCAAGCUCUACUGCCGCACGUCGAGGCUCGCGCGCGUCCAGCCCUUCUACAACGUGCGCCCCAAGGGCACGAAGGUCGUCCGGGACGCGAGCCUCCUCGACGACGAGGACGUCUUCGCGGAGAACGGCUUCUACUUUGUGUGCCAGGGCAUCGACCUGCGGAACUGCCCCGCGGACCAGCAGCUGCCCAUGGGCCAGUACGAGCUCGACCUGUGCAAGAAGCACGUCGGCGCGCACCUCUGCCGCCGCGCCGCGGACCUCGAGAGUCGGCCCGACGUCGCCGACGAGCUCCGCAACUCCGCGAAGAAGCUCGACUGGGGCACGAAGGGCGUCGACAAGGACCGGAGCUUCCAGGCCGAGGACUUUCUGUGCCUCAUGAGCCCCCUCUACAACAAGGAGCGCGCCAAGUACCUCGAGCGCAAGGAGGAGCGGCGCCUCGACGUGCUCCGCGCGGAGCGCAAGGACUUCCGCGAGGCGCGGCUCGCGGCCAAGGCCGCGCGGGAGCAGCUCGACGACGCCGAGGCCGCGGCGGAGGCCGCGCAGGACGCGCUCGAGGCCGAGGACAUGCGCGCGAUCGCCGCGGCCGCCGCGAAGUUCGAGGCGCUCCUCGAGUCGAAGAAGCAGCCCGCGGCCAUCGCGCCGAAGCCCCUCGACAACCCCUUCGACGACGACGACGACGACGACGACAUGCCCCCGCUCGACGACGAGGAGUGGGCCGCGUGCAACGACGUCGACGACGGCGACCUCGGCCUCGUCGACUAG